UUCGAAUAAUAUUUUAGAGAAAAAUAAACAAAAUUAUUAAUUUCUUAUCUAAAACGUGAGAAAAAGAUUAAAGUAAGGAUAAUGAAUUACAUAAUUGAAAAUUUUGCUGCUUGGAUUAAUCAUUGAUCAAGUUAAUUCAAGUUUGAUUAAAGUCAUUCUUAUGUCCAUUUUCCUAUCACUUUGGAUUGACUACACUGUAGAAUACCCGCGAAAGGACCACUGUGUUUACGUCGCGCACGUCACAGAUUUAAAAUCGCUCCUGGCGAAACGGUCUCUUGUUGAUGUUGCGUGAUAACAGCAUCCAAAGUGAUCGAAAAUUAGAGAAUUGCGACGCUUCGUACUUCAUGAAAAAUUGACCGGUGUAAUACGCAAGAUUUUAGUGAAGCUGAUGAUUUUACGUUCCAAAAAAUGGACGAACUGCAGGUAAAAAUUGAAAAGUGGACAGAAUUGAUACAGUCGGAGAAACUGCAAGAUGUAUUGGAGGAUAUUCAGAUGAGCAUCCAGGUACAACCUGACAAUAAACUGAAUGAUAAUAUAUUUAAAUUGCUAAUAAGCUUAUGUCGCAUGGCAGACAAAUGUAACAAACAAAAUUGUGAGACUGGGAAAGAUAUUGCUAAAUUAGCCAAAUUGCUUUGCUCGUUAUUGAUCAAGGUGCCUAAUAACAACAACUUUGUCAAAGCCCUAUUUAAAAUUGUUCACUGUUUAAUUACUUUUAAUUUACACGAUGACGCAGCAGAGAUCUGCUGUUACCUGCAACCUGGUAAUUUAUAUGAUCCCCAAGACGACACUAUGAAUCUUCUGAUAAAAGUAUUAUCCUUAUGGCGUGUUUCAGUUAACAAUAUAUAUUUUACUCUUACAAACGAAUCUUUAAACACAGAAACUUAUAGUAAGCUAAAAAGUGUCAUAAAGCAUGAAAUGAAAAUGAUACAGAUAGCACAUAAAAGUUACACGAAGCAUUUGAUUGUGGAAAUAAGCAUACAUUUAGAUAGAUUAGUAGCAAUUGAUAAGGACAAGAGAUAUUAUGAUGAUUUUUGUAAAUAUACAUUGAAAUACUUGUCAGGAGUGCAGUUGUAUUUGGAUGAGAAUGAGAAAUACAUAAUAUAUUGCCAUAUACUGGGUAUCAUCUGUCAUGUAAUAUGUAGAGCCAUUAAUACAACUGGCAUGGAAUCUGCAGUAAAAACAUUAGAUGAAUUAUUUAACUGUUUUAAGUCUCUCCUAGCAAAAGAUAACGAAUGCUACCAAUGCUUUCGACAAUUUCAAAGCUUGUGUACAACUCUUUUAAUACCAAAGGAGAAUCUUGUCAGCAACAGUGCCAAAAGUAUACAAAAUAUUAUUAGUUGUAAUUUAAACAUUGCUCAGAAGUAUGGAUAUACAGGAGGUCUUAUGUGGAAUGCACUUAAUAUUGGAAAAAUAGUUGAACUUGUAUUUACAUACUGGGACAAGUGUAUAGAAACUGAUAAACAAUAUAUGCUUGAUUGUUUACUUGAUACUAACGUCUUACUAGAACUAAUGAAUUUACUCAUACAUUUAAAUGUAGAUGAAUUUUACGUUAAACAAGCGUCGAUCAAAUGCAAUUGGUGCCAGAAUAAAUUGUGCACAGUUAAGAGAAAUUUAUACAAUGUCAUAGUGAUGAAAUGUAGAUGCAUCAGUUUAGUAUGUAAAUUUCCCAUGAAAACUUUGCCAGCGAAAAUAGGUGCUCUUGCGAGAGAAAUUUUAGAGCAAAACGGCAGAUCGAUUAUUCGUGAAAUAGAAGAAUGUGAAUGUAAGCGCUGGAAAGAAUCGUGGAGUACUUGUCGUAAUUUAAUUUAUAAUGUAGGCGUACUAUUGGAACAUGUAUAUGAUGAAAGCAUACGUCUAUACUCCUUUCUAUGUACCUGCGUUUUUCAACUCGAAGGAACUGAAUCAAGCUCUAUAUAUAUCAAAAGCUCUAAAAGCUCUAAAAUAAACUUUGAAAAUAUUAUUUCUCUUGCAUUGCACAGAUUAAGUGUUGUGCAUUAUAAUAAUACUAUGUACAGGGAAGCUAUGACUGUGUGUGCAUUGAAUGCCUUGUUAACUUAUAAUCAGUCAGACACAAAAGCUUUUAAUAUAUGGACAAAUAUUAAAAAGAAUGCUUCUGAAGAAGUUGCAAAUUUUACUAUGUUGGAGUGCUUGACAAAUGAUAAAGACAAGAUAAAGAAUGAAUUGGGAUUUUCAGUUGAUACUUCCAAGUAUGAUUUGACUGAGUUGUAUUUACGUGAAGCAAGAAGUUUACUGAAAGAACAAAUUGCAUUUACAAAUGGUGUGGCAGCAGUUUUAGAAAAGCUCCGGAAGCUACAGCCUAGUAAUAAAUAUGCACACACGGUGCAAUUAUUAGGAUAUUAUUUCUUAGGUUUUAAAUAUGAUAGCUCUAUUCUGAAAUAUCAUGAGCAAGCUAUACACGAUUUAAAGCAAGAUAAGUCGAAUUCUGUAGCUAUUCUAUGCUUGGAAGCUAACUUGAGCCUUUUUAUGUUUGUGGAGGAAUUGCAUAUAAUGAGUAAACAAACUCAUAUGGAAAUGGAAAAUAAAAAAUUUGCUUUAUCCGCUCCUAAGUUACGAGAACUAGCUGAAACCAAUUCUCCAAAUGUAGUUUCCUGUUAUACUAUGAUAAACGUUAAAAAAGAUACUAAUCUUAUGUUAUGUCUACAAAAAUCUUUGAAGAAAUGGAAACAACUAUUCAAAUGCUAUUUUAAAGAAAUCGUGAAUAAUUGGGAAUCUAAUCUUGUACUUCGCAUGCUAAUAACGGCUGGUGAAUAUGCCCGAUUAUAUCGGUAUGAAGACUGCGAAGCUGAAAUAUGGACAUUGGCAUAUAAAUUAGCAUUAGAAAUGAAUGAUUAUACAAUUAUUUAUAUUACAAGCCGUUGUAUAUCAUUAAGACAAAUCAAUAACGAUUGGAUUAUUACUGCUAAGAAACAGAUUGUAAUGCAAAGAAAUUCUGAGGACAAAAAUGUAAUUGAUGCCAUUGCUAUCUUUUGGAUAAGUUUAGCAGACCUUUAUUUUGAAUGUGGAAAGUAUGAUGAUGCUAAGCAAUUACUUACUGAAGCUAGAAGCCUUUCAGGAAUUUCAUUUCUUGCUAAUAAAUCCGUGUAUCUAUUGAGUUUAGAUGUUAUCAUACGCAACAGUCAUUUUUAUAAAGAUGAUAUGCAACAUGAGAAUUACGGUUGGUAUCUUGUGGAAAGUUUGUAUGCAAUAAGGAGCUUAAAUCAAGAUCUACUGACGAAAACAUGGACAAACCAAGUGACAUACCUUUUCAGUUACGAUGUACUUUUCACUAUGGGAGUUAAUUUGUCCAUAAGAAUAAACAAUCUAUUGUCUUUUCGUGGUAUUAGUCAAGACUUGGUGCGACUUUUAAAAUCAGCACAUAUUUUGAACGCGAUGCUGCGUAGCGCCGAAUUAUUGAAGUCGUUGUGUUAUAUUGAUCUGUCGCGUUUACAACUGAAUGAUUGCGAAGUAAAGCUGCAAGACCUCGAGCACAUGUUAAACAUUGAGACAUUCCAGUUAUCGAUAGAGUCUAAACCCGUUGAAACAUUCUCAGCUAAUCUCGCGGUAACUCCUACGAAGAUAAUAGAUCCCGUUAGAAAUAUGCCGCAGUAUGAUGCUUCCCCAGUGCUCGGCAAGAAAGUCUUUGACUUGCCGAAAUUUACGUUGCAUACAAAUUGCGAUUGCUAUAAUUGCGGCAACAUUUCGUAUCAGUACUUGGUAUUUACUACCACUUAUAUCAGAGCGCAGCUAUAUGCCUUGCAAAAUCACACUACGGCAGCGCUCGAUCACUUCCAUGGCGCUUUUGAGAUUAGGCGAAGACUAUUCGAAGAGGAGAAAUCAGUUUUGCCUGAGAAUUGGUCUGAUGAAAUCGGUGUGAAGCGGUUCUCUUGGCAAAUUCGUUUCUAUAUCACUGAUUACGUACAACUAUUGAUCGAUUUCUGUUACUUUCUAAAAACAAAGAUAAUGUCGAGGCAAGAAGAUGCACUCGAUAUUACCAAUUUAGCAAUAAAUAUAUGCUGCAAAUAUAAAUUAGAGGGACAUCCUGUCUAUAUAAUGGCGAAAGAAUUAGCGCUUGACAAUGAAUUCCAACCGAUAUUAGAAUCUUCAGACUGUUCAAAGUUUAUGGUUCCACAACCACAUGACAUUGAUAUAAAUGAUCAUGCAAAAAUCUCGAGUGAUCCAAACGUUUGUGUCACGCCAGUCGCUCAGAAGCAUCAUAUCAAGAAACCUCUUUCACUUCGACGUAAGAAUAAGAGUCCAGUAACUUUGAAGAUGACUCCAGUUAAUAUGAUUUGGAGCGAUGACGAAGAUAAUGAUUUAUUAUCACCACCACGACCACCAGCAGCCACAUAUUCUAAUAGAAAAAUCAAAUCACGUACAAAUUUAGUAAAAAGAAAAAUUUUGGAAGAAGAUUUAGCAGAUGAUCUAGCUAGUUUAAACAUAGAAGAUUCUGUGUCGAAAGAAAUACGAAAAUCAGAAAAUGAAGAUAGAAGCAGUAUGCAAAGGAAAUCGAUAAAGGAUAUUAUGAUUCAAGUAACGUCUGUAGUUCCAGAUAUAUCCAAAACUUUGAUGAACUUAGUAGACAAAUCAAAUUUACCUGCCACAAUGGAAAAUAUCGAUAAAUUAAUACAAAAUGUAGAAAGUCUCAAAAUUAAUUCAAAGACAAGAAGAAAAAGUAUUAAAGAUACGAAACAAUUGACAGUCGUUGAUUACAAUAGGAAUAUAAAUCAGGCCAUAGAGUUAUUGAAAGACAUGACAAUAAAGGAAAAGAUAAAUGACAAUAUCGAUUCUUCUAUGUUGACAAAACCUAAAAAAGUUGAUAAAUUACAACAUCAGAAGAUUCCGGAAAUUAAAGUUGAUAAAUCACAAGAUCAAAAGAUUCCAGAUGUACAUAACGAAAAAAAAUUCUUUAAAACCAGAUCAUUAAGAGGAAGUAUUAAAAAAAUGGACACAUUAUUAACGAAGGAACAAAAGGUACAAAAUAAAUCUCCUAAAUUACUUAUAAAUAAUGAAGAUUACGAUGUACGGACAAGAUCGAGUAUUAGAAGGUCUCAAAAAGAAAAACCGUCGUGAAAACAGUAUUAAUAAUUAUAGAAAUCAGUUAUAUUAUUCAAAAUUUUGUAGAAUAACAAGGUAAUAUUGAGUGUAUAUUUCAUAACGUGAUAAAAUAAUCAUUUUUAAUAAAAAUCGGAUUUUAUAAAUAUUCAAAGGUACAUCUUAGUGUAUUAUAUGUAACAGAAAAUUACUGGCUUUACAUGCUUGUAAACUAUUUCGAAUGGAUAGAGAUUAAACUUGGGAUUUUAACUUUU